GGAGUUCAUAAAGCGAAAGUGUGAGUGAGGGAGGCGCACAUGUUGCAGGAGGCGCACAGGAGAGGAGCGCAGGAUCCGGACAGAGGAGGAGGAGGAGGAGCUUUUUAAACCUUCAGUAACUGUCUCCGUCUACGAAGUUUAGGACGCGCGUGUGUCGCGUCUUUAACGCAGCGCAUCAUGAGCCAGUGGAAACAGAUCCAGCAGCUGGAGACCAGACACCUGGAGCACGUGGACUACCUGUACGAUGAUAACUUCCCCAUGGACAUCCGGCAGGGCCUGGCCAGCUGGAUCGAGUCUCAGGACUGGGACACGGCAGUUAACGACGAGUCGAUGGCCACGGUGCUUUUCAAAAACCUGCUGUCCCAGCUGGAAAGGACGCGCUCGCAGGAGCUGAACUUCCUCCAAAGGCACAACAUGAAGAUCAUCCAGCAGCAGCUGCAGCUGAAAUAUUCGACCAACCCGGCCGUCAUGGCCAGAGUGAUCUCCACCUGCCUGAGGGAGGAGCGGCGUAUCCUCUCCAGCGCCUGCAUGGAGGAACAGGGUCCUCUGGAGAAAGCGCUUCAGGAUUCUGAGGCCUUCGAGAGGCAGAAAAACAUGGACAACCGGGUGGGGAUCAUCAGAGGCAGUGUGCAGUUGAUGGACCAGGCUGUGAAAUACAUCGAGGACAUGCAAGACGACUUUGAUUUCCGCUACAAGACGCUGCAGUCUCGAGAUGCAGUAGACAGAAACUUGACCGGAAAAAAAGAAGUGACCAAGCUGCAGGAAAUGCUCAACGGCCUCGACUUUAAAGGAAGGUGAGGCGAGAUCCUGCUAAAGAUGGAUGUGGUGAUCAAAGAGAUCGAAGAGCUGAUGACCUCCCAGCUCAACCCCGAGCUGCUGGACUGGAAGCGCAGGCAGCAGGUCGCCGCCAUCGGAGGUCCCAUGCUGACCGGCCUGGAGCAGCUGCAGAACUGGUUCACCCUCACCGCUCAGAGUCUCUUCCAGAUCAAGCGUCAGCUGGACAAACUGGGUGAGCUGGUGGUGAAGGUCACCUAUGAGAGUGACCCCAUACCGCUGCAGAAGCCUCAGAUGGAAGAACGAGUUAAAUAUCUCAUCUACCACCUCAUCAAGAGCUCCUUUGUGGUGGAGAAGCAGCCGUGCAUGCCCACACACCCGCAGAAACCCCUCAUCAUCAAGACAGGAGUGCAGUUCACCACCAAAGCCAGACUCCUGGUCAAACUUCCAGAGGUGGACUAUCAGCUGAAAGUCAAAGCAACAUUUGACAAAGACCUCCCUCCAGGCAGAAUUCGUCAGUUUUUCAUCCUGACCAACAACACUAAAGUUAUGGACAUCGAGGACUACUCCAACGGCUGUCUCUCCGUGGAGUUCAGACACCUGCAGCUAAAAGAGAAGAAAUACAUCAAUGGAACCAAAGGGAAUGAGAGCCUGCUGUCGGUGACGGAGGAGCUCCACUCUCUCAGUUUUGAGGCCUGCUUCACGGUGCAGGGCCUCACCAUCGACCUGGAGACGUGUUCGCUGCCGCUGGUGGUGAUUUCCAACGUGUGCCAGCUGCCGGGAGGCUGGGCCUCCAUCAUGUGGUACAACCUCCUGACUGAUGAGCCGCGGAACCUGGCCUUCUUCGGGAACCCGCCUCGGGCCAACUGGUCGCAGCUCUCCGAGGUCCUCAGCUGGCAGUUCUCCACCUUCGCUGGACGCGGACUGAACAAGGAUCAGCUGAGCAUGCUGGGAGAGAAGCUCCUCGGACAACAUGGUUCCUGUGGUGAUUAUCAAGUGUCCUGGUCCAAGUUUUCAAAGGAGAACAUUCCCGGGAAGCCGUUCAGUUUCUGGUUGUGGCUGGACUUCAUCCUGGAGCUCAUCAAGAAGCACCUGAUGCCCGUGUGGAAUGAGAACUACAUCAUGGGCUUUGUGAGUAAAGAGACGGAGCGAGCCCUGCUGAAGGACCGGGAGCCCGGCACCUUCCUGCUGCGCUUCAGCGAGAGCCACCUGGGAGGAAUCACCUUCACCUGGGUGGAGCGCGGCAUGGACGGUGAGGUGAAGUUCAACUCCGUGGAGCCGUACACUAAGAACCGGCUCACCGCGCUCCCGUUCGCCGACAUCAUCCGAGACUACAAGGUGAUCUCGGACGGGGUCGUGCCCGAAAACCCGCUCAAGUUCCUCUACCCGGACAUCCCCAAGGACGAGGCCUUCGGCCGCCUCUACAACAGUCAGCCCAGCAAAGCUUAUCCCUACAUACCGUCGACUCUGAUCCCCAUCUCUGAGCUGCCCUCCAACGUGCACACGUCGCCACCCCCCUGCCAGUCCCCGGAGCCCCCGAUGACCCCCGGGGAGUUCGACAUGCUCAAUGAGCACCUUUGCUUCGACAUGGACAGUAUGACCCCGCCGUAUUCAGAGUAAACCCCGGAGCUUCAGCUCAGCUGUGAUCACAGACUCAUGUUUUUUGUCUUAAUUUUCACUGGAACAAUAUAUUCAUCCCUGUUUUUGAUAGAAAUAUCGAAGUCACUUUUUUAUUGUUUUGAAUUGAACUGAAUGUAUCUCCGCUGUAUAUAAACCAAUAAAACUUUUUCUGGA